AUGAUUGCAAUUCUUCUGGUGUCUAUGUCAAUGGUGUUGCACAGUGUAGGUGGCCAAGAAUUGGAGCCACCGAUAUUUCUGCCAGAGCUUCUUAACACACCUGAAAGAAUCUUGAAUAAUGCCACAUUACUGAAUGGAGUCUUUCAAAAUGUGGAAAGCGUUGCAUUAUUUUUUGACUGCCUGGGUUCUCACUUCACCUGGCUACAGUCCAUCUUCACUAACUUCCCUGCCCUGCUCAACUUCGUGAACAAAAUGAAGUGUGUUAGUGGCUUUUGUCCCAGGGACUUUGAAGACUACGGCUGCUCUUGCCGGUUUGAGAUGGAAGGGCUCCCCGUGGAUGAAGCUGAUGAAUGCUGUUUCCAGCACCGCAAAUGCUACGAGGAAGCAAUGGAGAUGGAGUGCACGUGGGACCCAUCAAAAAUUUCUACAGAUGUCAGCUGCUCUACUGAAAACCUGACCUGUGAAACUGGGGAUCCCUGUGAACAGUUCCUCUGCACAUGCGACAAAGAUGCCAUUGAGUGUUUUGCGAGCACCCAUAUUAACUCUUCCUUGAAUGGGCUGGAUGUCUCCCUCUGUCCAUCUCUGGUUACAGAAACAACUAGCAAGAGAGAGCUGACAACACUUCACAUGGAGGAGCUCCCUCAUCACAGGACUGACAAAACACUGGCUGCAACAGCAUCCGUAGAAGAAGUGGUUUCUUUUGAGCCCAAGGAGAUGGUCCUGGGGACUUUCAAUGUGGAAGGAAAGGACAGAUUUUCAGAAGCUGUAGUCCCUGUGGGAGUGAGAACCACCUCCCCAGCCUCCUCCCCAGCAGAUGUUAACUCGGUGGAAGUCAAAAUUGUCCCUACUGAGAAUAUUCCUGCAGGCACAUCUACACGGAUGAAAGGAAAAGAGACAAGCCCUGCAAGAGGUGUCCAGGGCACAGCUCCCACUGGGGUAGCUCUGGACCUGGCACCAUCUGACAGGGGACCCAAUGGACCCGAAGGAAAAGUAUGCGAACGAUUAACCUUUCUGCAAGACAGAGGAAAUGGAAGAGUGAAGAGGGAGCUGCCGCAGCUAGGAGAAAUGCUGUUCUGUUUAACUGAGCGGUGCCCAGAGGAAUUUGAGUCUUAUGGUUGCUACUGUGGACAAGAUGGCAGAGGUUAUCCUACUGAUGCCCUGGACAGGUGCUGCUUCUCUCAUCACUGUUGUAUGGAACAAGUUAAGAAACUUGGAUGCCAUGCAGAAAGAACCUCAAGAUCUGAAGUUGUAUGUUUUGAUCACACGCCAAAAUGUAUUGGUUGGAGCCUGUGUGAGAAACUCCUAUGUGCUUGUGACAAGACGGCAGCCGAGUGCAUGGCUUCUGCCUUCUUCAAUGAAAGCCUUAAGUUUCCACAAGGGCAAGUGUGCCAAGAGGAGAAAAUCUCAUGCCGAAGUGGCCCUUACGAAAGGCCUCCAAUCGGCACAGAAAUGGGUGCUGGGAUUUUCAGCUCUGAGGAGAGCAGCGAGGAGGAAGGUCCCCUGUGGAGCACGUUCAGGAGAGCAAAGAGAGACACGGGGCAUCCUUUUGGAGAGCCCAGGACUGGGCAACACGAAGGCAGAUAACCAAGCACAGCCACUUGCUUGAGAAAUGGCACAGGGAAUUUCACAGCCAGCCCUUACUCUUAUCACUCUGCAUGCAGUUUUACAUUUUCCAGCAUGCUAAUGGCAUAAUCAUAGGCUAGGUUUUUAAAGCUAAGAUGUAUUCUCCUUUCCAUAGUGAAGUCAUCACUAUGAUCCAUCUAUGUAGAGCAGCUGUUACCUUAAAUAACUGUUUGAUGGCAUUCUGCAUCACUUUAUUUGAUUUCCGAUCAAAGCUCUGAUUUUUGUUAACUGUGUAGUUGGUUCAGACUGGAUCUUACUGAUGGUGGCUAAAUAUUUCAAAUUUUUAAUUAAAUCAAUUUGCAACUA